CAGACAGAAAACGGAUCGUUGCACUUUUAUCGGUGAAACGCUAAAUUUGUACAAUACCAAGUUUUCUAUGGAUCUAGAUUAAUUUAAAUUGUACUUAUUACUUUUAAUUAUGUUUUGGAGCGGGAACUUUAUCGUUGUUAGAGAGUUAAACAAUCUCCUUAAAGAGGAGAAUGUAACACUGACUCAGGUGUUAGAGGCAGAUGAUAUACUGCAAGAAUGUAAGGCUGAUAAUAAGGCGCUGAUGCUCUUUUUAACAAAAUCAGAAAUCCUAGCAGAACUGGUAACACUGAUCACAGAAGAGCCGCCUGAAAAUGUAGAUUUAGCAUCCCAGUAUCGCCAUGCGCACAUUGCUAGUGAAGUCCUCACCAGCCAGCUGAUGAUGCUGAGUGAUCGGUUAUCAAUGGAUGCGGUGCAGAUGAACAGGCUCUGCGACUUUGUUAACAAGGAUCCACCGUUAAAUCCAUUACUUGCAUCAUACUUUAGUAAAACUAUAGAAAUGCUGCUUGAGAAAAGUCCUAAACAGGAUUGGUACCUUUAUCAUAUAGUGUGCCUCAGAGUGUUGGAUUUUUUUAAAUCAAGACGUGAUUUCUUGCCAAACCUCUUACGACAUAUUUCAACAUCAAGUAUUGCGGACAUUUUCAAAUACUUUAUAAGACUUGAUGAUCCCUUUAAUAAAAUUAUUUUGGAGUGGUUAGAAGAAAACCAGUUUCUCGAGAGUCUGAUACAUAUAGUCUGUGGUACAUAUGAGCAUGAGGAAGUAAGACCGGUCACGAUGACCGAUCGCUCGGAGAGAUCCCCGGAACAGACUGAGAAAGGUCAACAGGAGACUAGUGAGAAAGUGGAGAUGAACCACAAAGAAGGAAAAGAGCAGAAUGAUCCUGAAACAGAUUCAAAGUCAUGUGACGAAGAGUCAGGUAUGAGUAAGAAGCGUAUAGCGGAGGCGGGGCGUGCCUCAGCUAACGCGGCCGCGCUGCUCUGCGACUUGUUGCUCGGCGCGUGCGCACCGCAGGGAUCUAUGGCUAAGCCGCUGACGUCAUGGACGCUAGUGUCUCGGCUGCGGUCCGAGGAGUGCGUGCGCCUGGUGCUGCAGUGCAUGUUCACGUCGCCCGCGGCGGUGCGCCGGCAUGCUGUCGUCAAUGGCUGCCAGCUGCUGCUGGCGCUGCUGCCGCAUGACUCGCAGCCUGGUAAUGGGGGUGGUGUCGCGGGCGGGGGCGAGGGUGCGUGGUGCAGCAGCAGCGUGCAGCGCGCGGUGGCGCCGCAUCUGCCCCUGCUGCACCAGGCGCUGCUGCGACCGCCGGCACACCUCGACAACACCACCAGCGCCAACACCAGCACCAACACCAACACCAACAUCAACUCGACGGAAAAACCCAAACACGAAGAGUGUCAAGAUAACACUGAAGACACAGAAUGCAUAGAAGCGGCAGAAGAAUGUAAAGAGAAAGAGAGUAACAGAGAAGAGAGUGAGAAGUGCGAGCGGGCGGGGGGCGUGGGGGGCGCGGGGGGCGUGGGCGCGGCGCGGGUGCACGUGGCCGCGCUCAUCGCACAGCUCGCAUUCUCUGAUGUUGAAGAUGUACAUAACGCUUUAAUUACUCUAGGCACGGCGGGCGUGCUGUUGGACAUGUUCUUCGACUACCCGCAGAACAACUUCCUGCACACGCAGGUCUACAUCCUGAUACACAACGCGCUCUCUAACUCCAUCUACGGCGAGAGAUACGCUAAACAUCUAAUAGAUGAAUGCAAUCUGCUCACGAGACUAAUGGAUACGUUUGAAGAAAAUGAGAACACAAAAGGCGUGCGGCGCGGCAACAUGGGGCACGUGGUGCUGGCGCUGCGCCGCCUGGAGGGCGCCGCGCCCGCGCUGCCCGCCGCCGCCGCGCGCUGGCGACACUUCCGCGACACCGCGCUGCGCCCGCUGCUGCAGCGACACGACACGCCGCUCGGAGGUUUCUAUCCUUCAGAAAACAUCUAUGACUUCAACGAGGCGUCCAGUGUGAACGAAAAUGUAACUGCGGUCCAACUAGCUUGUGAUAAUGCGUCAAAUGAAAAGAACUUCUUGGAAGUUGCCGGCCAACGUUUCGAUGAUGAUAUGUGGGAGGACACAGUGGAGGGCGAGGGGGAGGGGGAGGCUGACGCGGAGAACGACAACGAACAGGAGGGUGAGGCUGACCCUGCUCGCGUCAGGGAAAUACUUGCUGACGUCUCACCGUGGGAUACGGCCGAUGAUAACGCGACCGAUGGCACCGAAUGGGCAAAUUUUGGCGAUGUUUUCGCGACGCCAAUUGAUCCUUUCGCUCCUGUAGGAGACACUCCGCCCUCGCAACAUGCGUUCGAUCAACAAGAUUUUGCACCAUUUUGGCAUUACAAUGACAGCCAUAACUCAGAUGCGAACUGUCAGGGGGGUUUGGACCAAUCUCUGCAAGCGUUGAGUUUAGGCGGGGAUUUUAAAGUGAAGCCGAUGGAUGAUGCGUCAACCGCGGAGUUGACCAACAACUUGCUGACAGCAAUGAGUUCGAUGACACCUGAUGUUAUUGCUGACAUUGUUAGCGCGAUGCCGCAGCCGGAUGAGUUAGUGACGCCACUUGAGUUGGUUCAACCGCUCAGUGAGCCACUCACUGAGCCGAUUCAAUCACUCACUGAGCCGAUUGAGUCACACACUGAACCGAUUGAGUCACUCACUAAGCCGAUUGAGUCACUCACUAAGCCGAUUGAGUCACACACUGAACCGAUUGAGUCACUGACUACGCCGGUCACUGAGCCGGUCUCUGAGCAGAGCUCCGAGCAGAGUAGUGAGGAGCCGUCGGCCGACAGGUGAUCGUAUGUAUGGAGCAAGCGGCACCUGACUCGCUGCGACGACUGCGGACUGUUGUUCGACGCCAACAGGUUUUAAUACUUGUGAUACUUGUAAUCAUUUAUUUUUCAUUAUCUACCGGUUUUAAUAUGAAACCACACGUUUUUGUACAAUAUACAUUAAAUGUCAUUGUUUAAUAUUAUUGUCAGUUGUAAUUCAGUAAUUAAUCUGUUCCUAAUACGUACAAAAGCCAUUUUAUAAAGGACCAAUGGAUAGAAUCGUUUGAGGUUAUUCACCCUUUUAUACAAAAUGUCAUUAUGAAGUUUACUGUUUAUCACAUUUAUCUUAUCUGAAUAGUAUUACUUACUUAGACUUCGACUUUGCUUAUGCCUAACUUACGUAACACUUGCUCAGUGUUAUCACGGAGACUUAUAGUCUUGUGCUGAGAAUUUACUGACUACCUUCAUACCGAGCAAUAGUUCAUGCAAUUUCUAAGUUAUGUCUAAGCUAAGUCUAAAUACGCUAAAUUUCACUUAAUGUAUGAAUUUGGUAAUCAUAUAUCUAAGUUCGUUUAAAUAAAAAAAUGCGUAAUUCAUGAUAAAAAAAGGUAAACGUACCAAUGAUUGAUCACCAGUGACAAUUUUUUCGCUAUAUUGCGCCUUCAGUAUAAUAUAAGACGUCUGUCUGUUUGACACCAAUUGGCGUGUGAUAAUGAACAAAGUUAUUUUUAAGUCGAAGUGAGCUUAUUUAGUAAAUGUACUGACACGCAAAGUUUCACUAAAUUAAUUCAUCUAGUGUUAAGUUAUAUUGCUUUAAAUUUUGCACAACAAAGGCAAAGAUGACAGCUUAAAAAUUACAGCCAGCUAACACGGCGAGGCGCUGAUGACAUCAUGGCUCAUGACACUGGUGUCAUAAUUUGUCGCUAGUGUCAUUCGUAAAUUUUAAAUUUUUAACUAUUUUACGUGCAUAUAUUUUAACCUACUCGUAACCGUUGUGUAUAUUUCCGAAUACCCGAAUUGUAUUUUUCAUGAUUUGUUUUAAAUGCUUAUUUGUAAAGAUUUUUUAACAUUGUAGCUAGCCAAUGUAUAAAGGUAUAUUAAACAAUUUUUAAUAUAUAACUAUUAUUAAAAUUAAUAUUUGAUUGGAUAACAUCAAACAAUAUGCCUGCAGAACGCUAACGGUUGUUAGGCUUUAAAUUGAAUACAACAUGAAGUAACAAGUAAUUUUGCAAGCCUCGUAAUGAAAACGUGCGUAUAUUGUUGAAAUGAAAAUUUGUACAAAAUUAUUGCAUUUUUGCCUUUAUUACUUAUAUGAUACAGAUUAUUUUAGAUGUUGAAUAAAAUUACUAAUCUCAACUAUCUGAUUUGUAUGAAGCAAAUCUUGUAUUGGUCGAUAUUGUUCUGUGAUGUUUUUGUGCAACGCAAUGUGUUAUUAAAAAAAUAACUAGCUUCAAUUGUAAUUUUAAGAAAGGCGUGCACUCUACUAAUGUGUGGAUUAGAUUUUAUAUUUGAAUUAGAAAAUUAAAGCUCCCUACAGGCUUUUCUUAUGUAGGCUUUAGAAGUAUUUACUGUACUGUUGGUGAGAUGUAACUGUUUUUUAUAAAGUUUAAAAACUAAAAAGGUUAACGAAGAGAUUUUUAGAUUUAAUUAUAACCCAUUAACCUUAAAAUGAAAUCUCUAUUCUCCACACAAACAUGCUAUUCGUUAAAUAAAGACAAUAAUUUCAAUUAUAUCCAAGCAGCGUACCAAAAAAAAAUCCCUCAUUUGUCUAGAAUCUUAAAAUUUAAUGUCCCAGGAACAUAAAGACUCUAUAUCCCUCAUUGUAGAGUGUACCGCCUGUGUAGAAUAAUGUGUUAAAACCAUAUUUAGUGUUGUCCUCGUGUUCAAUUCUUAUUUCAAUUAGCAGUGUUUACUGUAUAUAUUAUCUAUAUCUACAAUUGUUCGUAGUUAGCGUAGUCGCAACGUGUAGCCUUCUGCGUACCUUAAAAUGUCUAAGUUCCACGCAAUGUACUUUAAGAGUUAUUUUUAAAAAUGCAUAUUACAAUGUAUGGGACCUAUAUGAGUCCCUUGCGGCAUACUGUUUGAGAUGUUGAUGAAUUCGUUAAAUGUGAGUAUAAACGCAAUUAUUAAGUAGAUUUUAAGUGUAGAAAUCGAACAGACGUAUGAUAUGUGUGAGGUUUUAUUUCAUUGUUUUAUUCGUAAAUCUAUGAUGUGAUCAAUUAUGUCGAUGCUGUUGAAAAAUCGAUUAUUUUGUUAUAGACGAUUUCGGAUUCAAUGUACUUUUUAAUUUAAAAACAAAAAUGUAAGUAGUGUACGAUUUUGUUCCAAUACGUUAAUUUACCUUUCAAUAUUCAUAUCUGAAUAUAUCGCAAGACAUAUCUAAGGCAAGAUAGGCCAUUUCGGUACAUAUGUUUGGAAUAUCAUUUGUAGAUUUAGUUCGAUAUAAAGGAAAGUUUGAAUGUUUUCAGGAUAGCUAACAAAAUUAAUACGUUUGAUGUAUUUCCUUACUUCAGUCAAAUUAUUUUGUCUUUGAUUUUAUAAAGUUGAUGAUAAUCUUGUACUAACCUUGUAGGCGAAUCGAGUAUUAAUUUAUGUUUAAAUGAAACCAGAAUGUAUCAAAAAUGAAAUUAAAAUAACCAAUUCCGUAGUAGUUGGCAAAGAUUUAAUUUAUAUCUACCCUUUCUUACAUUGUCUUUUGUUACCUAUUUUGUCGAAAUUUACUAAAGCUAAUGUAAGUUAUUUCAUAUGAUGUUUGAUGUUCAUUUACUUGUCAUAUCAUAUUCUCGAUAAUAAUAAGGAUGUUACUGAAAUUGUAUUUAAGUCGAAUGAAUUUUGAUCGACUUUGAUCAUUGUUGUAGAUUCAUAUCAUUUGAACGUUUUGUAUUUCUGUAAAUUCAACUUUCAUGUGUUUUAAAUUUUAAUGUCUACGUAUCAGUUUCAAAAGUUUCUGGUAAACCGUGAAUUCGAAUUUGAAACUUGUUUUGAUAGCGAAUUCAAAGUGUUAGCUUAAUUAAUCUUAACUAGCUGUGAUUAGCGAAAUGUGACGAGGCACUGCGAUGUGACACAUUCCUUACUUUACAUCUAUGGUACCAUUUGAGAUGCUGUUGGUUAAAAUCACUGUAUCUAUUUUAAAAGUUAUUCUAGUUUUUACCCGACUGACAGAGGUGAUGUUUUUCGCGCGUAUGUUUUUUAAUUUUAUUGUGACGGUCUACAGACUAAAGUACUGAACCGAUUUUCAAUGAGCUGUCAAAUAACUCGUUUUCUUCCCCGGAGAGUCAGACAUUAGCACAAAAGAAAUACAAUAGACAUGAGAGUUAUUCUUUAAAAAUUGUAAAAAAAUCGAGUUUGAAUCUCACCAUAAAUCUUUAGUUAGUCGGGUUUUUUGUUCUUUUAAAUUAUAGUAAUGCAACCUGUUGCCCGCGACUUCGUCCACGCAAUAUUAAGAUAAAAAAGU